AAAUCGUUUUAUUCAAAUUAAAAAUCAACAAUGGCGUCUUCAACUGCAAUGGCGUGUGCAACCUUGUUCACCCCUUCCAUGGCAAAACCCAGCAACGUUAAAACUGCGAAACUCACCAUUUCAAACACCACAACCAAACUCCGAUCAAAAUCAACCGUGACCGACAAGCUGAACGGUCUCGCUUCCGAAUUCACCUCUCUCUCGCACCCCAUUGAUCGGGUCAAGAGACUUCUUCACUACGCCUCUCUCUUGCCCCCUCUCCACGACUCCGACCGGGUACCGGCGAACCGUGUCGCCGGCUGCACGACGCAGGUGUGGCUGGUGGCAGAGAUGGACGAGAGUGGAAGGAUGAGGUUCAGAGCGGACAGCGACUCCGAGAUUUCGAAAGGGUUCUGUUGGUGUUUGGUUUGGAUGUUCGAUGGCGCGGAACCCGAGGAGGUUCUCAUGGUUCAGAAGGACCACUUGGCCGGAGUCAACGUUGGCCUCCAUGUCAAGGCCCAAUCAAGAGUCAACACGUGGCACAACGUCCUCUUUCGCAUGCAGAAAGCUACUCAGGAUUUGCUCUUUCUCUCCCCACAAAAUGCAAUUGCAACACCCAAUCCAACCCCUCUUCCCAAGAUGUAA